GCAGAUUAGGUUCAUAUGGAGGCUGGAUUAACCUCCACCCGUACGAUAAUCCGCGUCAGCAUAUUUCUUUCUCACUUACAGACAAUAGAGUUGCUUCUUAAUUCGUUCAGAGAAUUUGUGUUUGUUUUAUCAUUUUCUUCUUGAACUUAGACACCUUGCAGCUCCCUGCCCAGUCUGCCACGACACUGACAGAUUCCUAAACUGGACCGCCUUUGAUAAGCAUCCUAUGGUAUUUUGUUCAAGAUGGCGGUGGCGAGCAUGGAAAAGGACGCGAUAAACACCGAAGAUGAUCUUCACCUUAAUAAUUCAUUUGGAGAUGCUGGGCUUAUCUCCCCUGAUAAAGAAGACAUCUCUCGUAUUCUGACAGUUCCUUUCAGUGGACGGAUUAGAGGUGGGAUGAGGCCUGGGAAGAAGAUCAUUAUUAUGGGCAUCAUUGAUCCAGAGCCAGACAGCUUUGACAUCAGUUUGAACUGUGGCCACAGUGAGGAGAAAGAUGAUGAAGAGCUCACUGAUGUGGCCCUUAAACUCAGCGCACGAUUCACUGAAAGGCAGUUCCUGAGGAAUGCACGAGUCUCUGGGAAAUGGAGUGAGGAGGAGGCACCUAUAUCUUACUUCCCCUUCAUCCCGGACCAGCCUUUCAGGAUUGAGAUCCAUUGCGAACACCAGCGUUUUAGGAUCUUUGUGGAUGGACACCAGCUGUUUGACUUUUAUCACAAAGUAAAGUCUUUGCUGGCCAUUAAUAUGAUCCGGAUAGUUGGGAGUCUUCAGAUCACCAAGCUGGGCUAAGCAAGCACACCUGAGCACGCUCCAGAAAGGACUUCUCACAGGUGACCUUGCGCACCUGUGCAUUUGCCACAGGCAGUGAAGGCCUCUGGGCCGCAGCUCACACAAAGACAUCAGCAACAUCUGCAUUUUCACUCCUUUUGCCCUCUAACCUCUCAUUGGAAUGAUUUCUGAGUAUUGUAUCAUAACAGGUUGGUGAAUGGUUGCAAUAUCAGAUGUGUGUUUUCCAGUAUCCUUGCUUCACAUUGUAGCUUAUUUGUUUAGCUUUGAUAAUUUUUCAGGGAUCGCACACUUCGAUAUGCACUCUGUGGCAGUACCAUGCGCCACUGGGAUUUAGCUGCUCUCGAUAGACACUGCCAAUGUAGUCGUGCUUGUAGUCUAGCAGUGUAGUUUCAAAAUGAUCCAAAACUCAGGAAAUCAGAUAAAGUUGAUUUACUUCAUUUCAUUCUGAUGACAAAAAUGCUUUAAAUUAUUAUUAGAUAGGCUAUCUUGACAUACUUUGGCUGCUAGAAAUAUUGGAGCUCAGAUUCAGCAUUUGCCGUUCUGUCUGGGUUUGAUUUGCGUUAUUUUAUCUCGGUAAUUUUUAUGUUUUUGGAAGGAAGAUGUUAUUUGAUCUCCAAAUUGUGUAGUAGGGUGUAUGGCAGACAUGCAUAAAUAGCUGCUCCCUCCUGUAUCUGGUCAUUGCAACUAUUCAUUUUUUUUUUUGGGAGAUAUACAGCGAUAUGUCACACUAAAUUGUUGUAGAAUGUCACAUUUUAUUUAACUUGAGGUUAAGAGGAAGUUUUUAUUUUUGGAAAUGAAGCACUGAAAUUUGAUCAUCCAGCCAUUCUCUUCUAAGCUAGUGCAGUAUUUAAGUACAACUGUAUAAUGUAAAAUCCUUGGCAACCGAACCAACAAAUUACUGCUUUUGGACACAGAUGUUUAUUUAGAUUUUUCUGUGAGGAAUGACAGUGAUUUUUCCACUCAUCUGUUUACGCUUUAUUAUAAGCACCUAGUAAAAGUUGUUGAAGGAGCAAAAAUAACAGGGCUAAAUUGUUUCUUGAAUGUACCAUCAUCCACUCAUAGGCUACUUAAUAGCUUAGCUGUGGAUGUAAAGUGAGUGUCUUCACAGAAAAAAAAGAUCCCGUCCUCCUUAUUCUUACUACUUAUGUCACUCCUCUAAAUAUAAACGCAGAAAAGGGUCAGCAUAUUUCCUUUGUUCAGCAAUGCUUUUUGCCCCUCUACCCUGCAGUGCACACCCACAUUCCCACAAUCCUCUCAGUUGCCUUCUGCUCCACCUCCACUGAAUUAGUGUGAUAUCAGUGAUUUAUUAUUGCUACUAAUUACAUUAAAUUACAAUACCUGAGAAA